AUGAGAAAGAAAAGUUACCGCGAUUCGGAGCGACAACAUCGUCGCUCCGGAAAGGCGCAGGGAGGUCAUGCACGCAGACCAAGGCCAAAGAAUAAUCGAGGAAAAAACCACGCGCCGCGCUCAUCGAAAAACGAGACGAGUCUAGCCGAAUCUGACCGCGGCUCUGACCAAGCUCGACGCACCCGACACGACUCUACCUCUAACAGCAGCUCAUCGCAGUCUCCGGAGCGAACCAGGCCUCGCGAGAAGAGACGCCCGAAAAAGGAGCCGAGCUCCGAAUCUAAUUCUGAUUCUUUCGAAAGCGAACGCACUAGUGACAGUGAAAGGCCGAAGCGUCAACAGUACACUGUAGUGAAGCAAUCGGAAACGGAAGAAAACGAAGAGUACGACCGUAAGCUCAGAGAGUGGAGGCUGCGGGAGAAGAUGAGUGCGUACGAGGCUAGACUGAAAGUUUGGGUGAGCAGGGAGCGAUUCAUGGCGAAGGAACGAAAACGGAAGCGACGGAUAGAACAGCUGAAACAGAUUGAAGCCGCGAAGACAACACGACUACUGAACGCCUUCAUGGAACAUUACAACGACAGGAGGGAUGACGCCAAGUAUUAUUCCGGAGGUGCCCUAUGGAUCCGAGUGCGGUUCCGCGAAAGAGAGAUUGCAUUCGACAUAAAAGAUCGAGCUCGAGAACGCAAAGAACUCGAAAAAGCGCGCCUGAAGAGGGCGGCCAAGAACACAUCUUGUGGCGUUGCUGAGAAAAAGUGCACGGGCUUUAUAGAGUUACCAGGCGAGCUCGAGCGGCAAGAUCCUGUAAAGCCUUUAAGUGAUUCGAGCAGACAAGUUACGUCAAUGCUUGAAGAAAAUGAUUGUAUCGAGAUUCCGUUACCCACAGCGACAUUGCAACCAGAUCAAAGUAGAGCGAAGGAUUGCGUGGACUCCGCAGAACUGCCAGGCAAGCUCGACUAG